AUGUUCCAUGUAUGCGCUAGCAGCCUAGACGAAGGAGAGGAGGUGAACUUCAGCGGCGGUCUGGUCGAGAUCGCGGCUCUGACUGCUGUGAUCGGGGGCUCGACUGCUGAACUGAUUGCUCUAGGGAAUCGCGGCGCUUGCGGUUUGCCAUGGGCGGCUCUGAGCUCCUUUGGGUCGAUCUUCAUCGUCAAAGCAUGCAUAUCCGCCUGCACACCAGGAUGGCUUCGAGAUACCGUUGGUGUGAGAACCAGUGGCUCUGAUAAGGCUAUUGGGUGUUGCGUGAGUCUGAGUAGGAAGGCAAACAGUCGCGUAGUCACUGGCAGUGCUGUUGGAGUGACGGUGAAGUGGACCAAGACCAGCGAAGGUUCUACUUUGAUAACCGCUGGGAGCGAAGAUUUCGAAGAUGUUUACGCUUUCGAUGAAUGGACGGCCGGCCCGUUGCGAUCUUGUGCAGUAAUGCAACCUGGGGAGCAUCUACAAGCUCACGUCUACAUGCGAGAUCAUUACUGGGAGAUUGUACAACGCUCACAGACCAGAAACGACUGGAUAAUUACGUUUGCAACCUUGCUGAAGGUCGUAGAGAUGUAUCUGCUCUACCACUUCGGCUCUCGACGCGUCUUCCUGGUUACUGGAGUCAUCUGGGCGUACACCUUCUUCUCGGCGAUCGCGUUGCAGUUGUUUCACGUCGGAAGAGCUACAACACCUGGCGAGCAGUCAAGACAUUUUGAUGUCGUCUCUGGGUCGCUGCCUACACCGCAAGUGAUCGGGGGAGAGCGCAGGAUUCUCCUCGGGGUACCUGUCAACCUUCGCAGAGGUCGCGCGUGGCAGAUAUUCUGGAUUAUAGGCGCCGCCGUUUGCAUUACUUCCCUUCUCGGCACAUACGCCGUUCUUUCGAAUGAGCCGGCCGUUUGUUUCCGGAUCUGGCUUGGUUUCCAGGUCAUCUGGCUUGCGCUUCGAUCGAUCUUCUUUCACUUCGCACAGCAGGUAGACGACAUGAAACACAUCAUUACACCGAAAAUAACGGACGAGAACCGGCCACCCGAGUUAAGUUUGCGGCUACUCGGACUGGCGGUUGGGGUGUCGAAGCACCAGAUUCUGAACCACCCCCGCGGCGUGCUCAGCUAUGCGAACGACGCGCAAGAUCCCGUGAUUAUUAGGAGGCUCUUGAGCGACGCCAAUUUGGAGUACACAGACUACUUCGAGCUUCCAACGCGCGCAGAUUCAGGAUCGGAGCUGGGCGUCACUGUGGUCGGCGUCAUUGGUGACACUUUACUCUCAAGUGUCGCAUGGCUCAUGGGCUCGCCUCUGGGCGGGAUGGAUCUUUACGAUUCAUGUAUUUUGGCUGUCCGUGUCUCUGGCGCGAUACAACUGAUACCGUCGUGUCGCGUGCUCUCCGGUCGCAUCGCCGACGAACAAGUCCCGGACCCCGAGACGACGUUGCCUUCCAACUUCCGACCCAAAGGCGCAGCGAACGAGGGUUACAACAUUAGCUGGCGGUACUGGAUACCAUGCGGCGGGAAGAAGUGGUUGUGGUACAGCACACCAUGGGCGACUACCACAAAGGUCGACUUGGGUAUCACGGGUACGAAGAAGAUGACAGUCACGACAGGAGAUGACAUCACCAAAGAGCUCUUGUCUGGGACGUUGCAGAUCAGUAUGAGCGACGUACAAGCCGUUGAAGAUGCUAUCGCGCAGUCUGCGAGGGCGGGUACAAUUCUGCGGAAUAUGUUAAGAGAAGAUUUCACACGAUUCGAGAAGAGCGCAGAAUCCUUUGUGGAUUAUGGCUCAAUUGCACCCCAAUCACACCUACAGCAAUCUGAGCCCUCAUCAUCGGGCUUGAAGCCGUGGAACAAUGGGACCCUAAUCCUAUCGCCAGCUAACCCACUCGUUACGCUCGACUACGGCACUGAAGUAGCCGGCUUCCCGUUCUUCUAUGUUUCAGCAAUUUAUGGAAUGGUGCAGAUCGAAGUAAAGUACAGCGAAGAGUACCGCGGCGUCGAAGAGCCAUUCUCGGAUGGGCCUUGGACAUUCUCGAAUGGACUAUCCAACUCUUUCCGAGUAGAAACGUUCAAAGUCACAGAAACGGGAUACAUCGAGAGCUUCUUCGUCCAAGGAGGCCAGCGAUGGCAGACCGCACGGUUGAUUACCAAUGGCUCCGUCACUAUUGAUCAUCUGGGAUUUCGCGCAACAAGCUCAAACUUGGACGCUGAAAUGCUACCAGGCCGCUUACAGACAUCUGAUAAGACUUUGAAUCUUGUCUUGGACCUAGGAGGUCGCGUCGCUCAAGUAGCAUGUGUAGAUGCCGGAAAUGCACCAUCUACGUGGGAGAUCACAAAAGAAGGAGCAUAUAUCCGGGGCCAAACCAGUGCGCAAUCUUCUCUAGGAGUUGACGCAGUCAAUUACACACUGGAAUUCGACGUAAAGAUCGCCCGCGGCGGCGCAGGCUGGAGAGUAGCAAGUGCAAUGCCGCCACUGGGGCCUUACUUCGUGCUUACAUCCGAAUACCCUGAGCAGAACACGCUCGCAAACACCAACCGAACCCUCUUGCCUCCAAACACACUGGCGUUCACUACUGGAUGGAGUCUAGUAAACCAGAGCACACUAUCCGUGCCAGAAGCCCAGUACUUUACUAUCAACACAACCAUCAAGGAGAACUUGUGGUAUCGCGUGCGCACAUCAAUCGAGGAGACUGGAUAUCGGGUAAGCGUAAACGGAACCGAGAUUGCGUUCAUACCUUUACCUCCGCCUGCACCCCCCGGGAACUUUGGCACACCUUCUCGAUACCAAGGCACAUGGGGCUUCGGAGGCAUGCAGGACCAGAUCGCGUAUCACAAAGACGUAACCGUCACUGCUGGAAACGGCACUACCAUAUAUCGAAAUUCUCUAACGAGCGAGGAUACCUUGGCCGAGUAUCAGGUCGCACCUCUAGAACACUCAGUCUGCCUGGAUGGUGCCAAACGGGAUCGGCUAGUCUGGACAGGAGACUUCUAUCACACUGUGCGUGUCGUUGCAGCUUCGUCUGCUCGGUUCGACUACCUCCUGGGCACCAUCAUAUACGCGCUAAGCUUCCAGCUUGAUGACGGCCCAUACGCCGGCUUUACCCAGAUCUCUACGAACCUUGGAGCCCGACCCCAGUACAAAGAAGCAAAUAUCGCAAACUACGCUGGGUUGGUAGACUACCAAGAUCUAUUCUUGGCAGGAAUCGGCCAAUACUUCCGCCACACCGGAGACCGCGACGGGCUAAAACCUCACUGGGAUCAGAUCAAGAGACUUGCCACCGCGAGAUUGGCCUUCAUCGAUCCCUUAUCUGGUCUCAUUGGAGGUUCUCCGGAGGUUCCAUCGCCAUUCAGCUUCCUGGGGCCAGCCAACGGUAGUGCAACGACCGGUCUCUUCGCUUACAUGCUUGAGGAGAUCGCGCCACUUGCGCUUGCGAUGGGCGACGAAGACUCUUCGACACAAUACUCCCAAAUAGCCAUCAAGCUGCGCGAGGCCCUCAAUCGUGAACUAUGGAAUGAUCAGCUCGGAACAUACUCCCUCUCAACCACCGAUCGAGGCAACUUCUCCUUGACCGGUAUCGCCUGGGCAAUCCUAUCUGGUGCGGCCAACGACACCCAAGCAGCAUCUUCCAUUGCUAAGCUUGAGGAGCUUCGCUUCGCAGUAGGCUACAAGACCAUCUCGAGCGACAUGGAGACAGACGACUACCAGCUGGCACCCAAUCCAUCAGGUUUCCUGUUGGAAGCCCUGUUCAAGUCAAGGCGCGACUUCGGAGUGGACAGCACACCUGCCAUCAGGCAUCUGCUCGACAACCUGUGGGGUAGCAUGGUCAACAAGAACGAGUAUUACUCUGGCGCGAGUUGGGAAUACGUAAAGCCUGAUGGUUCUCCUGGCAUCGAUCUCUUCACUAGCUUAGCGCAUCCGUGGGGUGCAGCUCCGACGUAUGUACUGCCAGAGUACCUUCUUGGCGUCGCUUCAACCUCUCCCGGGUACGAAACGGUUCUUAUCACUCCCACGAUAGGGUUCUUGAAACAGUCAGAAGUCAGCGGGACGGUACCGACCCCCAACGGACCAAUCAAGGUGGCGUGGACGUUGAGCGGCACGUGCGUUGCUUUCACGGUUGUUAUACCGACUGGUACGGCAGCUACACUACAGUUGCCAGCUGGCGCGACUGCGGUCGGCAGGAGCUUGCGCAAUGGACAAAUUGAGCUUUCAUGUGGAACGACGGAAUUGAAAAUGGACAUGAGAGCGACUCAUAACUAG